AUGGGUUUAACCGGGUCGGGUUCUUACUAUAUCCAAAGAGGAUUAUCCGGGUCGGGUCCUCCAACGUUUCACGGAUCAUCUCAACAACAACAACAACAGCAAGGGAUUCGUCACUUACCUAAUCCGAACACUCCCUUCGGGUCAGGCUCCACCGGAUUCGGAUCUCCUCCUUUACACGGCGACCCUUCUCAGCCAACAGCAGCAGCCGGAGCCGGAGCUGGAGCUGUUCCUCAACACAUCGGCGUGAAUAUGAUUGCUCCUCCUCAUCCUCCUCCUCCGACGAGUGAAACUCCGAUGAAACGGAAGAGAGGACGACCGAGAAAAUACGGACAACAAGACAAUUCCGUUUCAUUGGCAUUGUCUUCUUCCUCUGUUCCGACCAUUUCUCCGAACAAUUCUAACAAACGCGGCCGUGGUCGACCUCCCGGCUCCGGCAAGAAACAGAGAUUGGCUUCCAUUGGUGAAUUAAUGCCGUCAUCUUCUGGAAUGAGCUUCACGCCACAUGUUAUCACCGUUUCAAUAGGAGAGGACAUUGCAUCAAAGGUUAUAGCUUUCUCUCAACAAGGACCAAGAGCGAUUUGCGUUUUAUCUGCAAGCGGCUCUGUCUCUACUGCUACGCUUCUUCAACCAUCAACAUCUCCUGGUGCCAUUCAAUACGAGGGCCGGUUUGAAAUACUAGCCUUAUCAAUAUCUUAUCUAAUUGCAAAUGAUGGAAGUUUCCGUAAUCGAACUGGAAACUUAUCAGUUUCGCUUGCUAGCCCCGAUGGCCGUGUGAUUGGCGGUGCCAUUGGAGGGCCUUUAAUAGCAGCAAGUCCUGUUCAGGUUAUUGUAGGGAGCUUUAUUUGGGCAGCUCCAAAGAUCAAGAACAAGAAACGAGAAGAAGAAGCUUCUGAAAUUGCUCAAGGCACCAAUGAUCAUCAAGCUCUGAACAAUAACAACAACAACAACAACACCAAUGUUCCUCAUCAGCAGCCGCCAAGCCAGAACCUGAUAUGGUCUACAGGUUCAAGACAGAUAGAUAUGCGCCACGCUCAUGCUGAUAUUGAUCUAAUGCGCGGUUGA